AUGGACUGUGCAGAUUGUUGCAGCCUUACUCAAUCAUUUUUUCGGGGUGCAUCUGUGGUGUUAGAGCCCACUCACAUCGCGGAUCGUCGGCAAUUUCGGCGUUUUGAGCGGGGUCAGAGGCUGCAUGGUUGGCGACAGGGUCCUUCCACUCAACCGUGUCGGCGUGCGCUUCGACGUUGCCCUGCACUGCGACCAUGGGAGCGUUGCGUUGCCUGUUCCUUCAGCAUCACACGGUCACACUGCUCUCUGACAACCACAACCUGGCCAUACGAUACAAGCACUGCAACAAUGGUUGUAGCAAUUGAUGGCGGCACAUCCGACGCAGCCCCUCGGCUUCGUGCGCUGGGCUACGACGAUGCCACACUGCUUCGGCAAUUCCACGACCAGGGCUACGUGAUUGUCAAUGGAGUUAUUCCCUCUGAUCCCAGUUCACCACUGCACAUCGAUUCUCUUCGGCACUCUGCCGAACUUGCCACUCAACUCACGCGCGAUGGACUUUGGCCUCAUCGACGAGUCGUCGACAACGCCUUCCCACCGUUCACAAAAGUCAACGGCGAUAGUUGGGGUGUGCAGCACCUACUCAACCCCAAACUCGACAAACUCGGCGAGUCCUCCUCGGAACUUUCGACUCAGUUCCAGCAGUUUUACGCAAGCUCGCCUCUGCUGGAUAUCGCCUCACUAUUGAUCGGCGCUCAGGUCGAGGACAUGCAGAUGGAGCUGUUCAACCUGCUCAUCAAUCCUGCAUCGCAUCGGUUUGCGCUCGGCUGGCAUCGGGACGACGUUCGACCUGAUGUGUCGCAGAGGGAAGAACAGACGCGAUUGAACACGCCGACGUACGGUGUUCAGUUCAACACGGCCCUUUACGACGACGACUGUCUUUUCAUCGUACCUGGAACCCAUCGUAGGCUGCGAACGGAUGCAGAGGUGAAAGCCAACAAUGCUCAGGCUCCCCCAGCGACACAGGUGGAUACAUCGCAGAGACACGGAGACCGAGAGGACGGGUUUGGCGCGGACGGGUCUUGGAUCGGCGUGGAUCCGCCCGAUACGCUGAGGGUGAAACUCAAAGCUGGUCAGACGGCCUUCUACUCACAAAGGAUCUUGCACCGCGCCAGCUACCUGCCGAGUGCGAAGCGGGCCACGCUGCACGGCUGCUUCGGGGAUGCAUCUCAGGGUGGGAACGGUCCAGCCGAGAGGGCAAGGAAUGUACUCCAGCAUGGUGUAGAGUGGAUGCGUGACCCUGAAUUUGGCGAGUCGCUGCCAGACACCUUGAGGCCAAGUAAGUACGCAAAGGUCGCCGCCUCGACAUUUCCCUCGUGGACUGACCAUUCACCUUCUUCUGAUUUGAACUCGCUUGCAGUGUGGGCCAAUCUAUUGCGAAUGGACGCAGCCUAUGCGGAUAAGGGUCUCGGAUUCUCGCUCGCUAACACGUAG